AUGAUUCUUGCACUUCCACCUGGGGCCACUGCUGCCACAUUCAAUAUCUCAUCUGCCUAUCGCAUCACUCCUGUACAUCCCAGCCAACAACAUGCACUCUGCAUUUGGUGGCAUGGCAAGGUGUAUAUUGAUCGUGCAGUUUGUUUCAGUCUGUCUUCCAGUGCCGGAGUUUUUGGCGCAGUUGCCGACAUGCUUGUAGCCAUUUAUUGUGCCCGCGGCUAUGGCCCCCUCAAGAAGUGGGUCGACGACUUCUUCGUUGUGCACCUCCCCGAUUAG